CUAAAUACACAAUCACCGUCACAGCUGUUGCUGGAGACAAUAAGACAGAAGGAGACCCUUACACAUUCACCUCAGUCACAAGGCCUGAACUAGUCAGAAAUCUCACUGUCACAAACGUCACCACAUCCUCUGUGUCUGUGAACUGGAGUGAACCAGAAGGAAACAGCUCCUUCUAUACAGUGGAGUGGACAGAUGGAAAUUUCAGUGCCACUGAAAAUGUGUCUGAAACAUUUAAGACCAUUAGUAACCUGACUGCUGGUGUCCAGUAUAAAAUAAAUGUUACUGCAGUGGCAGAUGACAACCAUACUAAGGGACAGAGCACUACUGUUACUAAUUACACAAGACCAGGUAUAAUUGGAAACCAUCACAUUGUGUCCCAAAACACCUCCUCCAUCUCUGUGAACUGGGCCUCACCUCCUGGUGAGGUGUUCAUGUACAGGUUGGAGUGGCACAAUGGUGGACUGCUGAUGACUACAUACACAAAUGAUAACUUUGCUGUGCUGUCAGAGCUGAUCUCUGGUACUAAAUACACAAUCACCAUCACAGCUGUUGCUGGAGACAAUGAGACAGAAGGAGACCCUUACACAUUCACCUCAGUCACAAGGCCUGAACUAGUCAGAAAUCUCACUGUCACAAACGUCACCACAUCCUCUGUGUCUGUGAACUGGAGUGAACCAGAAGGAAACAGCUCCUUCUAUACAGUGGAGUGGACAGAUGGAAAUUUCAGUGCCACUGAAAAUGUGUCUGAAACAUCUAUGACCAUUAGUAACCUGACUGCUGGUGUCCAGUAUAAAAUAAAUGUUACUGCAGUGGCAGAUGACAACCAUACUAAGGGACAGACCACUGCUGUUACUCAGUACACAAGGCCUGCGAAGCCUGGGGACAUUACAGGACAAGGAACUAAUAGCUUGUCUGUCAGCUGGACUUUGCCUAAAGGGAAUGUUGAUCAUUACGUGGUGACAAUCUCAAAUACGAUACUGAACUAUUCGAAUACCACCGUAACAAGAGCCACCACAGCCAACUUUACUGAUUUAUAUCCUGGGAGAAUCUAUGAUAUCAUAGUGACAGCUGUAGCUGGAAACUUAAACAACAUGUCUGACCAGGCUUCACUUGCAACUAGUCCCACGCCUCCUGGUUCCAUUAUCAUCAGUGACAGGACAAACUCGUCGCUCCUCCUGAAGUGGGCGAUUCCUGUCUUGAUGGAGGGUGCUCCAGACAUCAGCUACCAUAUCACUUAUCACCAGUCUGAGCAUAGCGAGCUACAAAACAAAACCUCCACACUCAAUAGCACAGAGCUGUCCCAGCUUUUCUCUGGAAUUCGCUACAAUAUAACUGUCGAAACAGUUGGACCCCAAAAUUUAAGGAGCAUGGCUGUCAGUUAUUCUACUUUCACUCUGCCCAACCCUGUGUUGAACAUUGCAGCCCACCCUAAAUCCACCACCUCGAUCAGAGUGGAAUGGUCAUACCCGCUGGGAGCCCAGUCAUAUUACAUAUACUUGAUUACAACCUACACCACCAACGCCACAGAAACAUUUCAAACAAGCAAUAACAGCAAAGAUAUACUUGGCCUGAAGCCAGGAACUAGAUAUAAUAUCAGUGUCAUCACAAGAAUAGAACCAGGAAUUGAAUCCACGGAGGAACAGACAUUCAAUUACACACUGCCCAAAGCAGUGACCAACCUCACAGUGAGUGAAGUGAACACAACAGCCAUCCGGCUGACGUGGGUCAAACAAAGUGAUUUUAAGACUUCCUACUCCUACCUGGUGAUAGCGCUCCAGGACGCCAUAGAGGUUCAGAAAAAUCAAACAGAGACAGAGACUUAUACCUUCUUCCAUCUGACACCUGGAGAACUGUACACUUUUUAUGUGUUUACAGUUGUAGAAGGGGUCAAGUCCACAAGGGAAAACACAUCAAGUUACACAAGGCCUGAGGCAGUUUCUGACAUCAUAGCCAUAGGAAACACAACUACCAUGUCAGUGAGCUGGACCCCAGCAGUUGGGGCGGUGGUCUCCUACACUGUCCUGCUGUACAGAGAUGGGCAGUUGGUGGGGAACAGCACGGAUCUGAGCAACACUACUGUAACCAAAGUAUUUCAGCGCCUGAUACCAGGAGUGCUUUACUGUGUAGAGGUGUUCACCACAAGUGGAUCUUUUGAGAGCUACAGUCAAAGAAUUUGCAACGCAACUCUUCCCAACCCUCCUGGCCCCAUCACAGUGGAGUCUCAGACUGUGGAGUCCAUCAACUUUACCUGGCCAGUUCCAGAGGACAUGGACCAUAAUAAAUACAACUUCAGUGUGUCCACCGUUAAUGGCUCCUAUCUGACUGAAAACAACUGGUUCCUGUUGGACAGACUGGAAUCUGGAAGCCCCUACAACAUCUCUGUUGUUACUGUAGGCGUAUAUGGCUAUGAGAGCACAGCAGUGACAGCACAGAACUAUACCAGACCAUAUCCUGUAAGCAGCCUGAGAGAGGAAAAAAUCACCACAAAUUCAGUGACCUUGGUGUGGGAACAAAGGCAGAGCAAAUCUCACUAUUCAUAUAAGGUGCAAGUCACCAAUGGCUCCUUUCCUUCUUCUGAAAAAGUAGUUUUUAACACCAAAGACGAAAUCAAUGGACUUUCAUCUGGGAGCAGCUACAACUUCACUGUCACUACACAGACACCAGAUGGCACUCAGGCAUCUCCUGUGACAGUCUCCUACUAUACACGGCCUCAUAGAAUUAGAUCGUUGAAGGCUAAAACCUUAAACACAACCACUGUACAUCUGACUUGGGAAGUACCACUGGAGGAUAAGAGUGAAUAUAAAUAUCGGAUUCAGACAAGUGGCUGUGGCUCCCAAAACAAAACCAUUGCAGAAAACGUUGCCCAGAUCUCAGCGCUCACCCCUGGGACCGAAUGCACCUUCUGUGUUUCAGUCAGGGCAGCGGAUGGCAUCGAAGGGGAAGCAGAAUGCACCUCGCAGUACACUAAGCCUGAGACAGUGCAACCCAGCAUCUCCAGCCAGGGCUCCAAUAGUUCGAUCCUGGUGUCAUGGCCCAAACCUUCUGGAAAAGUGGAAUAUUACAAGGUUUAUCUAAAUGGAACUUCCUCAGCUAUAGAGGAGAAAGAGACUAACUCUACCAGUACCUCUUCUCUGUUUGAAAGCCUGUCCGCAGGGAGGCUUUACACUGCCAGGGUAAUCUCAUAUAGUGGACCCUUCAGUGCAUCAUCUAGAUCCGUCACUAAUGGAACUUUCCCUAACCCUCCCGGGUCAAUUGAAGUCCUGACAAAGACAACCAGUUCCAUUGAAAUUAGGUGGGAGGAAGCUCCUCUGAUGACUGGUGCAUCAUUCGUCUACAAACUGACCAACACACCAUCCCAGGGAGAUGGAGUCUUCAUUACCAACACCACCAGUCACACUUUUGCCCCCCUGCUUUCUGGGACUUCCUACAACAUCUCCAUCGUAACAGUGGGUGUCAUGGGUUUUGAGAGUGAGAGGGUUCACAUCUACUUUGUUACUACAAGACCAUUGAGUGUGGAGUCUCUUGUGCCUCGUAAGGCAGAAGAGAACAACAUCACAGUCACAUGGAAACAACCUGCUGAUUACAAAGGAGGUUAUCGUUACAAAUUGACCUGGCAAGGCCAAGAUGGGCCCAUCAGUAACAUAACAUCCAAAACUGAGUAUACUAUCUAUAAGCUGGAUCCUGGCAGCCUCUAUAGCUAUAAUGUCACCACAGAGACCUCUGACGGAACACAGAGUGCUCCAACAUCGAAUUCCAGCUGCACAAAGGCAAGCCCAGUGAAACACUUAAAGUGCAACGGUCCAAACAAACCAAAUGCAAAAAUCGUCUUGUCCUGGACCGCACCCAGUGGCCAGCACUCCGGCUUCCUGGUCACUGUAAACGACAGCAAGAUCAGCAACUCGACAAACACCUGUUGCAGUCAGACUGUUUCCAAUCUUCGUCACAAUACUGAAUACAAGCUGUCUGUGGAGACACUGAGCUGUGGAGAGCCCAGCACUCCUGUGUCUCUGAAAUGCCACACAGGCAUUACAGCUCCAAACAUUCCACCCAACUAUGAGUCACUGUUGUUGGUGAGUGAGACGGUAUACAACAGAUUCUCCCUUCAGAUUAACACAGAGCUGCUGAGUGACACCAAUGGGCCAAUCACACAUGUCGGAGUGAUGGUGACAAACAGCCCCUCUGACCUUUCAGGUGACAAUUUGAAUAUGUACUUGGGGAAAACCUAUGAUCAGUGGAAGGCAAAGGAUACUCCAGUAUACCUGGCAACAAUCAGAGAGACCAGUGUCCAGUCACGCAGUGGAAACAACCAUCUGAGCAUAGAAGUAGGAGAUGAAUCCAAAUGGAACGGUUACACUAAUGGUCCUCUGGAUGCCACUGGAAAAUACAUAUACGCCAUUGUGUUGUGCACAAAUCUGACUACGACAGAUGGCCUUGUGAAUGUUCAAUAUUCACUGGUCACAAUUACAAACUUCUACCCUACUGUUCAACUCCCACAAAACCCAGCUGUCAUUGGGACUGCUGUCGGAGUAACACUGGGAAUUUUUUUUGUACUCUUCAUCAUCCUCAUUGGCUUCAUCAUCUACUGGAAAAGGUUAUCUAACAAAGAAUCAUCAGACAUUCAGAUUCAUUCAAUGAGAGCCAAAGUAAGUGUGGCGGUGAGGGUGGAGGACUAUGAGGAUUACUACAAGAAGCAGAAAGCAGACUCCAACUGUGGCUUUGCUGAAGAGUUUGAGGACCUGAAGCUUGUUGGUACGGGUCAGUCAAAAACAAGCGCUCUGACUAUGGAGAACAAGCCCAAGAACCGCUACAACAACGUGCUUCCCUAUGAUUCCUCUAGGGUGAAACUCUCUAUUAUCCAUGGAAGUCCCUAUGACGACUACAUCAAUGCUAACUACAUGCCGGGUUACAACUCCAGGAAGGAGUUUAUUGCAGCUCAGGGUCCAUUGCCCACCACAGUCAACGAGUUCUGGAGGAUGAUAUGGGAGAAGAACGUACAGACCCUCGUCAUGCUGACACGCUGUAAUGAGCAGGGACGAGUAAAAUGUGAGCAGUACUGGAGUUCCGGCAUGAAGCACUUUGAAAACAUCACUGUGACAACAACCUCUGAAAUACCACUUGAAGACUGGACCAUCCGGGACUUUGACAUUAAAAAUGUGAAAACAGCAGAGACCCGCUCAGUGCGUCACUUCCACUUCACAGCCUGGCCAGAUCACGGGGUACCAGAAACCACUGAACUCCUCAUCAGUUUCAGACAUUUAGUCAGAGAACACAUGGACCAAUACUCCAGACACUCUCCUACUGUAGUCCACUGCAGUGCUGGUGUUGGGCGCACAGGUACCUUCAUAGCCAUUGAUCGUCUGAUCUUCCAGAUUGAAAGAGAAAAUAUUGUGGAUGUGUAUGGCAUUGUCCAUGAUCUGCGCAUGCACCGGCCCCUAAUGGUGCAAACAGAGGAUCAGUAUGUGUUCUUAAACCAGUGCGCCAUGGACAUCAUCAGGUCAAGAACUGGAACCAAUGUGGAUCUAAUCUACCAAAACACAGCUGCGCUCUCUAUUUACGAGAACGUAGAACCCAAAAAAGGUUUCCGCAAAAACGGGUACCACAAUGCAUAGGCCAGAGAGACCGCUCAGGUCUUCUGCUUCUCUCCUUACUCUUAGCAAGAAACUCAGCAGACAUUUGUAAAGGGAAUGCUUUAAACAGAUUGUGUUGUAUUUAUUGUUUAUACAUGUCAUGCUCUUGUGAGGGACCCUGUAGCUUUUUCUGGAUUCAAACCUCUUUUUCUGGUAUUUAUUCGUUAAAAAUGUUGAAUGUUUGACAAUGGAGAAAACUGUAUAUGGAGAUAUGAUAGUGGACAUAAUCACUGACCAAAAAUAUUUUUGAUUAUAUGAAAACUUCUGUCUUGGAUUCUUUCUUUUAAUUGAAUACUUUUGUAUUGCUCAGUUGUUGUUGUUGUUGUUGUUUUAUUUCUGCUUGCUUACUACUGUAUACUGUAUGACUUACUGAUGAUUACAUCUUUAGCUCAGGUAAUAUGUUGUUGCUGUAUAGGUAUUAAUACAGACAUUUUAGACAAAAGAAAAUCUUGUUAUUAAAUGAACCUUUAGUAUGGCUGCAUAAAAAAACUGCUGGUAUAAAUACUGUGCCUUUUAAAAACCUGUGUGCUAUAAUACCAAUAGGUGGCACUCUUCUGUUUUUGCUUUACUGCUUAAGCCAAAACUAUAAAAGAUAAAGAGGGACUGUUGUGAUUUUACCUUGUUAUAGCAACCUUAGAAUUAAGUUUUUAAAUAUAUCAUAUUUUAUUGAAGUUUGUUGGAUUGUACAGCCAAUAGUUUUUGCACCUCUUAAGGCAAUUUGAACUGUGCAACGCCUUUUAAUGAAGGAGUUUUGUUGUUUGUUGUAGAGUCUUUUGUAUUUGAAUGCACUGUAGUGAAUAAUGCACUGGAUGCAUUUGUCUUUUUACACUGUCCACUUUUUAAAACUAUGAGAUGUUUAUUUUUAUCAGUAUCUUUCUUCAUUAUAUUUUGGCCAGUUCUUUGUGAUACUGUUUGUAACCUUUUUCUUGUCACCGUGCCUCUGAUUGUCCCAGUCUUACUUUGAUUAGUUUUUAAGAUUAAAGAGAUGUGUCACAUUAAACAAAAGCUCAGGAAAUCCAAGAAUGACAACUGAACAUUUUACUUGGAGGUAUGGUGAUAGAAAAACCAUACUGCGUCAAUGUCACAUCCAUUGUUGUGUUAAUGUCUUUAUUUUGUACAUUGUACAUUCCUCAUAGAAACAACAAUGUUAUAUCACUUCCUGCUACAUAUCUGGUCUGUCUAAUGGACAUUUCCUGAGAUGUUAAAAUCACCAGAGCAGCACAAGCCUCAUUUUCAGCUUCUAAAGGGCAGAAUUUUCCAUGAGGCAGGUACGGCUUUUUUGUAAAGAUAAUUAAUAUGUGCAGUUAGGCUGUAGAUAUUUUUAAGCCCAUGUUUUAUUUUUAAUGUAUCGUAAUGUACUUAAAACGAUUGAAGGCACUUGUGUUUGAGAAACAAGAAUAGCAAAUAGAUGCAAAGUUUCAGGAUGUUUUUGAAAUGCUUUAUGAUAUGCUUGCUGGUACAAUGCAAAAAUAUAAAAGGAGCAAGAUUUUAAUAUUUGAAUACCUUUUAAUCUGUCAAACAAAAUGGUAUUAAAGAUGUAACUACAUUUUUACCCCA